AUGGAUCUUCAGCGACUGACCAAUGAGCUAAAAGACAGCAGGAAGCGCGUUGCGAUCCUCGAGGAGAGUCUCCGGGCGGCUAAGUUCGAGAUAGUUCGUCUCGAAGACGCAAAUUCACGUCUGCUCUCGGCCCAGACGGCCAGUAAACUCGACGCACCUCGCGUGGGGACCCUCGAGGCUGAGAACGCUCAGCUUCGCCAAUCGUGCGAUGAACUCCGGGAGAAACUUGACAAAGCUGAGGAGGAGCAUCUAGCCUUUAGAGAGCAAAUUGCGUUACUUCAGACAGAUAACGGCAUACUUUCUAAAGAUGUAAUGGAGCUCACAGAUACGAUCAAUGAGCUUACAGGGUUCUCUGCAGCAGAUGCUCCCGUAUCUGUCCUUAACACUAAUGCCCUUCAGGCGACAGUCUCUGCUGCAUUGGCACCCUCUGCGCUGGCACAGUCACAGGGACCCGUGCCCAUCCAGCUUUCGCAGUCUGGCCCUGCCAUAUCAGGACUAGGAACAGUGGUGCCGGCAGCCCAGGGGGUGCAACCCGUGCUUGCUCCUAAUCCUCAGAUACAAGCUGGCGCAAAACCGAGGUUUGUUCCAUAUGAGCAGUACGAGGAUGUUGCUGCACAGCUUGCUAUCUAUCAAGAUGACGAGGCCAAUGCGGAGACAAAGACAGCACAGAUCAUCGCCCUUACCGAAAAGAUCUCUCGUCUUGAAAGUACCAUCGAGUCCCUUCGGUCUGUGCAGGAGAAGUCUAACACAUGGGAGGAGAACCUGUGCAAAGCAGAGUCUCGUAUCACGGAGUUAGAGGUUCUUCUUUCCGAAGCAGAAAGCUUUAAGAGGAAGUACGACGAGCUAACUCAACGCUACAGCUCAAUGGAGAAGGAGAACUUGAAGUAUCAAGCGAUAAGUGAGCUGGCCGGAGAUAAAGCCCGCGAGGCAGAAGAAGCCAGAGUGUCCCUGGCACAGGUCACCGCAGACCUAGAUGGCACCUCCUUGCGUCUUGCUGGAGCUGAGGAGCAGAUAAGAACCUUGCAGGAAGAGCUCUCUCGUCUCAGGAAUACAGAGCUAGCGGCUGAGGACGCUGUUCUGCGUAUACGAGAGCUGGAGGAACAGCAGAGCAAGCUUGUUGACGAGUACACCAAGUCGAUGACAACGGUGUCGAGUUUGAAGGAAGUCGAGGACGAGGCUCGCGCUCUGCGCCUGGAGGUAGAGUCUCAGAAGGCAAAGCUGCUCAUUGCAGAUGAUCAGAUGAGCAAGAUAGUGGAGGAGAACGAAAGGCUGCAGCGCCUUAAAGACGAUCAAGCAGCCGAGGUGAGCAAGCUCUACGAGGCUAAGCGCCUUUAUGAGUAUAUGAAGGAGCGCUUUGAGCCCAUCAAGAUAGAAAUAGAGAGGCUUCGCGCCAAAGAACGGAACUAUGCACAUAUAUUUGCGACUGUCGAUGCUACGAACAUGCGAAACGAUCAGAGAUACCAAGAACUUGAGCAGAGCAGACGUGAAGAAAUCAAACGUAGGGAUGAGACAAUCACGAAUCUCAAAGAUGAAAAGCUGAGGCUCAACGAAGAGAUAAUCAAUCUAAAAGCAAACCUGCACCUCCGCGAAGAAGAAUUUAGGCGCGCAAGUGCGAGAGUGAGUGCACUUGAGGCAUCUCUUGCAUCUGUUAGCGGUUCUGCCAUAAAUGCAGGCUUUGAGGAGGAGCUCAGGGCAUCUCAGCCGGCAUCUAUUCGGCUGUCUGGGAUGCGUGGGCAGCCGCAGAUGCACAGCCGUAGUGCAGUCUAG